AUGGAAGCAAGGUUAAUUUCCGUCUGCUAUCGAGUCCACAGAGAAAUCAAUGGAAACUGUACGUUAAAGCCUGGGAAAGGUUCAAGCAGCUGGUUCUGGGUGCUUGAAGAAUUCAAAUCAUUAACAGGAAAGCCAAUGAAUACACCAUUAAAAAAGCUACAGGAUUUGGAAGAAAUUGAAUAUUUCAAAAACAUAGU